AUGCCAAAUUAUUGUGUUGUCGGCAAAUGCAAGAAUCGGACCGACAGUAAACUCGGCAUUUCAACGUUCCCUUUUCCAAAAGAUAAGGCAGUUUGUAAAAAAUGGGUCAAGUUUGUUCAACGUUCGAGGCUGAACUUCGUCGAGCCUGAGCCUGGCAAUACGUCCACAGUUGUAUGCAACCGGCACUUCACGGAAGAUUGUUUUGUGGAUAUUCCUUCCUUGGAAUGUGCCAUUGAGGCGGACUACCAUACAAAAAGACCUCCUAGAAGAAAGCCUGAUGCAGUACCAACAAUCCUUUAUCCUAUUCCUGGCCUUGGCGCCCCUGACCCUGUCCCUGGCCCUGCCACUCCCAGAAGAAGUGAGCAGAAUGUAGGUCGAGCAGCAGCAUCGAUAAGGGCACGCAAACGGACUGUUAAUGAAGCCAUUGCCAACUUAAACCAACUGCAACCUGAACAAUCAAUGACUAAGAGUGAUGAUGACUCCAAGUGCUAUGAUAGUGACCCUCAGAUUGAUUUCGAGGUGCCUGCCACGCCUGCCCCCGUAGCGCCCAGUCCCAAAUUAACAAGCAUUCGACUAACUAGGUCUGAAAUUUAUGUUGUCAGCAUUCCUCCAGCAGAAAUGGUUUCGAGGGGACAUCAAGUCCGGAUGCCAUAUCGGUCAAAGGAAACGCAGACCACUAAUUUUCAACCUGACCUCACCCACACUUCAGUGUCGAUCAUGGAGGUACCAAGUACGCCUGAAGCUGCAUCUACCCCUCAGCCAAAAUACAAGAGGAAGCGUUCUGAUUCAAGUAACGAUGAGGAGACUGAGCCCUUGGCAAAGCAUUCUUUGUCAUUUGUGGAUGAUGAAACCAAGGACCCCUCUUGGAAUCCAAAUAUGUCUUUGGAAAGUGUUGCAUCUGCUAGUGAUGCCAACAAUAAGCGAGCAUCCUCAUCCCUGACCGAGGGUAUGUGUGCAGUUUCAGUGUCCAAGCUUUUGGAGCUGUUCCAAAUCUGCUACAACUGCGGCCAUUUCGGAGCAGAAGGCCGGAUUUCGGGGACAGACGGUUCAAUGGUGACCAUCACACAGUCAUGCUUGUCAUGUGAUGGUAUCUGGAAAUGGCAGAGCAAGGAAAUGAUUGGAACAGUAUAUGCUGGUAACAUCGGCCUAUCGAUGGCAAUUCUUGCAGCGGGUGCUAUUCCAAGCAAAGUAAUAAGGGUCCUGCAAUUCUGGGGCAUUCGAAGCAUUUCCUCCGGAACAUAUUUUCGACACCAGUCAAAGUACCUGAACCAGGCAGUACGUAAUGUUUGGGAGGAGGAGACCAUCCGGGCACUGGCAGCUGUAGAGGACGUGGCCAAACUCUCCGGUGAUGGAAGGUGCGAUUCGCCCGGCCAUUGUGCGAAGUAUGGUUCUUACAGUUUACAUGACACAGAGAGAAACGCCAUUGUCAUGACACAACUUGUUCAGUCCACUGAGGUUAAGAACUCCUACCACAUGGAGCUGGAGGGUCUGUCCCGAUGUGUCGAUGAAGUGAAAGCAUACGCCCCACAUGUUAAGAUAGAAUUAACAACUGAUGGCCACAAAUCAGUGGAGAAGUGGUUGAGAGAGGAACAAUCGGACACCAUAAGGCAUUAUUUUGAUGUGUGGCAUGUUGCUAAAGGACUGAGGAAAAGACUCAAGCCCAUAACCAUGAACAGGCGGUUUCAGCUGGUCAACAAAUGGCUGAAAAGUAUUAUCAAUCACUUGUACUGGUGUGCCAUGACCAGCAAUAACGACCAAUCAUUGAUCUUGGCCAAGUGGAGAUCAAUAGUGAACCAUAUAGCCGGCGUCCACACGCACGAAGAAAACGAACUGUUCCCCAAGUGUAUCCACAGUCGUAUUCGAAGGCAGUGGUUUAAGAAAGGAACAGAAGAAUACGACAAGGUGUGUGCUCUGCUUCUCAACAAGAACCUUCUACAUUCAAUCUCAAAGCUCAGCUCGGAUGGCCAGACAUCUGGUUUGGAGGGAUACCAUAGCAGCCUUCUACACUUCGCCCCAAAGAUGUACCAUUUCGGAUACAAUGGGAUGAAAAGCAGGCUAGAGAUUGCUGCAUUGCAUUUCAAUGAGAAUGCUGGGAGGAAGCAGCACCAGAAUAAGGAUGGCCAACUUCGGUUUUCUGUUCGUCAUCCAAAGAACCGAUAUGGAAAUCAUAUUGUGACGUCAAGAUCAGGGGCACCGACAUUUGGUUAUGUUGAUAAGUUUGAGGAGGAAGUCAAGAGGCUGGUUUUGACUGGGCAUGACUACACGAUUGACAAGGGAGACACUCCUGCACCUCUUUGUUCACGGUUUGAAAGGCCACCCAAAGAAGAAGCCAUCAAGAUGCAGCAAAAUGCCCAUGCACAACGCUUCAAGAAAAAUUAA